AUUUAUGGUUAAGUCGUGCAUAAUUCGUGACAUAUAUAUUUAUCAUGACUUAUCCGUGUCUCUUUACUUUCCAAUGAGUUGAAUUUCAUGUAAGAAAUGCUAUGCUCAGUAGUAAUAUCUUCUAAGUUGUCCCAUGAGAAUAAUACGAUAACCUGAGUACUUCCGGUUGAAAUGCUAUAAUGGUAUAUAUUUGUGCGCUUGUGGAUCCUUAUCUAAAUAGAUUUUUUGAUGUAUACCAAUAGGUUGUCAACUUCGUUACUAGGAUUUUACUUGUACAAGCGGCGUUGUAAGGGGUAACUAGUAAUGAUAGUUAAGAACACCUGUGUUUAUUAACUUCAUUAUUAGGCUACCAUGGAAGCGCCAGCUAUGAGUAUCUUAGUAAUCAUAUUAAUAAAUACCUCAUAAACAUUUUUGGUAUCAUUGCCAGGGAAACCUAGUAGUGGUGCUAAGAAACGCCAACAAACAUCUCUGGCGCCGUUGCCGGGGACACCAUUGUUAGGAAAUUACCUGAGCAUAAGCAUGAACAUGACUCAAGGAAUCCACUCCGGCAUUUGAUCCCGUCUUCAUCAUCAAUUGAGAUUAUGGCUGAAAAGGUGAUUUCAUCCUCUUCACAAAAAGACUCCAUCAAUAACAAGGAUGUGAAAUUCCCAAUCAAUUCAGGCCUGAAAAAGAUGGUGCAGAGCAAGCCUUUUGCACUGAAUGAUGAUGCUGUUCUACACUUGUGGGAAUUCAAUCUUCUCUGCAACACUACUAUCAUCAAGGGAGUAAGUCCUGAUGCCCUUCGUCUAAAGCUAUUUCCAUAUUCUCUUAAGGGCAAGGCAAGGAAUUGGUUCUACUCCCACCACAAGGAAUUCACCACAUGGGAAGAGUGUGCUACAACAUUUACUCACAGAUACAUUCCAAGGGAGAAAGCAGUCACCAUUCAGAUAAAAAUCAUAACUUUUCAUCAGUCAGCUUCAGAAACAAUUGCAGAAGCAUGUGAAAGAUAUCAGGGACAUCUAUGGACUUGUCCAAAUCAUGGGAUGAAAGAGGAUUUUCUCCUUCAUAACUUCUAUGAUAGUCUGAGGAAGGCCACCAAGAAACAACUCAACAUACCUACAAGAGAAGUUUUUCUUUCACUUUCUAUUAAAGAAGUUGCAGCCGUGAUUGAGAAGAUUGUCAACAAUGAUCUACAUGGCAUUCAGAAGGAUGAGCCACGUAAGGUUGAGCCCCCAAUGACUGACGAAGCCAAGAAAUCCUUAGAUUCCCUCCAUACCAAGUUAAGAGAUCUCACCGAAGAAACGAAGAGUCAGUCAUGGAGAUUCGCUCCUAAGCCCAAGUCCAUCCUUAGACAAUUAAAUUUAAAGGUGAGCUCGCUCCUAAGUGUUCCUAUUAAUAGUUUUGAGAAUGGUUUGCUACCUAUUGUUUAUAAUGUGAUUAGGAAUCAAGAAGAAGACCAAGAAACACAUGGAGGAAGGCUUGGAGGCGUGGAGGACCAGAGAGGCUCGGCCAAGCUACGUGGAGGCCCAUUACAACUUGACUUCGAGUAA